AACCUGAAAAAUAGAAAGAAAAACAUUGACGUUGGUGUGUGUGUUGUGUGUGGAGAGAGAGAGAGAGAGAAAGAGAGAGAGAGAGGAGGGUAUGGGGAAGAGAGUUGUGUUCACGUUGUUGCUCAGUCUAUGCUUCUUCUCAACAAAUCUCAUUCCAUCGGUUCUGGCUAUCUGGCUCACCCUACCCGCCUCAGGCACUAAGUGCGUCUCCGAAGAAAUCCAGAACAACGUCGUCGUUUUGGCUGAUUAUGUUGUCGUUCCCGAUGAUCAUUCCCACAGCGCCACCAUCGCCGUCAAGGUGACAUCACCAUAUGGAAACAAUCUUCAUCACAAGGAGAACUCAACUCAUGGUAAUUUUGCAUUUACAACUCAAGAGACUGGGAACUACCUGGCAUGCUUCUGGAUUGAUGGCCAUCAAGGAAGUGGUGAUGUCAAUGUGAACCUUGAUUGGAAAAUUGGAAUUGCAGCCAAGGAUUGGGAUUCAGUUGCUAGAAAAGAGAAGAUUGAGGGAGUCGAGCUUGAGCUGAGAAAGCUAGAAGGAGCAGUAGAGGCCAUCCAUGAGAAUUUGCUCUAUCUCAAGGGCAGGGAAGCUGAGAUGAGGACUAUGAGUGAAAAAACAAAUGCCAGAGUGGCAUGGUUUAGUAUCCUGUCCUUGGGUAUGUGCAUUGCGGUUUCAGCUUUGCAAUUAUGGUAUUUGAAGCGGUUCUUCCAGAAGAAGAAGCUUAUAUAGAUUGUACUAGUGUUAAUUUGAUUUUAUUUGUGAUACAGCAAACUUACAACAACUUAAGCAUUUUUAUGAACUCUACUUACAAGUAGUAGACAGGAAUUUUUGAUACCACUAGUAGAGUUUUCAACUUUUCUUAUCCACAGAUGGUUAUUACAAUGAAUUGUUUUAUAUGACUGGGAUAUGAAAACCGUCAGAAAAGAGGUAAAAUAAUUUUAGUGAAUGAUACUCGGAUAAAAGGAUGGUCUUCAUACCCUUUUAUUAACUACUACCUCUGUGAUGGGGAACUGUUGGACAGGAUAAGAUCAUUAAGGAUAUGCUGAGUCAUGGUUGAGUAUUUCGAUUGCUUGUGUUGAGGAUGUAAAAGAAAGGCAAGUUAUGUUCAUUAACAGAUAAUAUUAUUAUGCGUUUGGUAGCGAUAUAGGGCUAAAACCCUAAUAUGAAAAAUUAAAUGAUCGGCUAAUAAAUUAAGAAGUCCUAUUAUUUUGU